AUGCCAGAGAACAAAGAGGCUGGUAUCCAGGAGAAGGACAUCGACCAAACGGCCGGGGCAGAUCCCACUGACAGUGCAAAUAGAUAUUCUGACACUCUCGCAGCUGAAACAGAGUCGCAAGUCGACGUUCUUCGGGCUGCUGGUGUAGGAAUCGCCGAGGAUGACCCUACGGAGCCUAUCCUCACUCUCCGGAUGUGGGUGUUGGGAGUAGGUUUCUGCAUCAUCGCAAGUGGAUUGAACACCCUCUAUACACUACGGAGUCCCUCCUUGACAAUUUCAGCCUCGGUGGUUUUGUUGCUGGCUUACCCGCUGGGAAGGCUAUGGGAAAAAGCCGUACCUUGUUGGAAUGUCCCUCUAGGACGACUUUCUUUCAAUCUUAAUCCCGGGCCAUUCAACACCAAGGAACAUGUCUUGAUUUACGUCAUGUCCAAUCUUAGCAUCUAUGUUCGCCUUGGAGCCGAUGUUUUAACUGAACAACAGAUGUUCUACGGGUACAAAGCUGGUUGGGGCUUUCAGGUUCUAAUUACUCUGUCCACCUUCCUUAUUGGUUUCUGCCUUGCUGGCCUAUUCCGUGCCAUCGUCGUGGUUCCGAAAGAGCUAAUCUGGCCCGGUGUUUUGAGCGUGACGGCUCUGACCACAACUUUGCACAAUAUCAAUCAAGACAGAGUACAGUCAAGCUACAACACAUGGAAAAUUUCGCGUUAUGCCUUUUUUUCCAUGGUAUGCUGCAUCUCCUUCUGCUGGUACUGGUUUCCUGACUUCGUCUUUCCGGCUCUGAGCUAUUUUAAUUUCCCAUGCUGGAUAAAACCCGAGAAUACAGUCGUGAAUCAAUUGUUCGGAAUGACUUCUGGCAUGGGUUUGAUCCCUAUCACCUUUGAUUGGAGCCAGAUUUCGUACGUUGGGUCACCAUUACUUAUUCCCUCGUGGGCCAUUUUAAAUGUCUUUGUAUCCCUCAUAUUCUGGAUCUGGAUUGUGGCUGUCGCUUGUUACUAUAUGAACGUUUGGGACACCGCCUACCUUCCGUUUCAAAGUUCUAAAGUCUAUGACAAUACCGGAAACACUUACAAGGCAUCCAAAGUUGUCAGUGCCGCCACUGGAUACAAACUUGAUGUAGAAAAAUAUCUUGCAUACUCGCCGGUCUAUAUGCCAGUCACGUAUGCUUUAAAUAUGUUCGGCCUAUCCUUUGCCACUCUCAGCGCCUUACUUGUUUGGACCAUUCUUGAACAUCGCCACGUGAUGGCUGAUGCAGCACGAAGGGUUCCUAGACUGGUGACGGAAUCUCUAUCAGGUAGAGCGAAGAUCCAUAACAAGGAUGAUUCCACAGUACAUGAUGUUCCAGUAUGGUGGUAUCUAGUCGGCUGUGCGUUUGCCUUGUUCAUGUCGAUUUUUGCAGUUGAAUGUUGGGACGUUGAGCUUCGAUGGUACGGUGUUUUACUCGCGUGCGCUGUGGCUCUGGUCUUUUAUCCUCCGCUGGCAAUUGUUUAUGCGACGUCCAAUCUCAAAAUUAAUAUUGAUAUCCUCUGUCGCAUUGUGGCCGGGUUUGUUUUUGAGGGUAAAGUUUUGGCAAAUAUUUGGUUCUUUGAUCUCGGAUAUAUUACCACGAUCAAGGGACUGUACUUUGCACAGGACAUGAAGCUUGCCUACUACUGCCAUAUUCCGCAACGUAAACUCUUCCUUGUGCAGUGCGCGGGCAUGAUUUUUGGAACACUCUCUUCUUUAGGUGUCCUCAAUUGGGCCUUGAAUCAUAUUAGUGGCGUCUGUACAAGCGCAGCUUCCAACGGAUUCACUUGUCCUUAUUCCAGCACCCAUUUCAAUACAUCUUUGAUUUGGGGCGCGGUGGGGCCGCGUCGCUACUUCACAAAUCACAUUGGUUAUAACGCACUUCUGUAUUUUUUCAUCAUCGGUGCGGUUCUCCCAAUACCCGUCUAUCUCUUGAGCCGCCGCUAUCCAAAUUCUCUUUGGAAGCGGGUCCAUAUUCCAUUAUUCCUUGGCGGAUUGAACUAUCUUCCACCAGCCACAGGAAUGAACUACGCCAGCUGGGCGAUUGUUGGUCUGACUUUUGGAUGGCUCGUUCGGAGGCGAGUUCACGGCUGGUGGAGCAAGUACAAUUUUGUGCUCAGCUCUGCAUUAGAUUCUUCUGUUGGAAUUGCCGGUGUCAUCAUUUUCCUGGCCAUAUAUUUCACCGGAGCAAGUGAUCAUUUCAAGUGGUGGGGUACUCAAGUUUACAAGAAUACGUGCGACUAUAAAGGUUGCCCCUAUCUCUCGAUUCCUGAGGGCGGGAAGUUCGGGGUGUAG